CGGCUAAACGCUUCCGGAAUGACGACAAUCUUGCAAAAUUAGUGACUACAUUACAUAAAUCGUGUUUCUUUUCUUAGCAGAGAAAUGUCAGUCGAAGUAAAGCAAGAGCCAGCUUUAGAUACAGACCAAGAAACAAGGAUCCUACUCUUGUGUCAUGAGAACCCAGAAGGUAUCAAUGAUGCCUUGAUACAGGAGCACAUGCCCCAGUUUGAUGUACAGCAGCGAGUCACAGCUAUCAACCGCCUGCUAUCAACAGGUAGGAUAGACUUGCUGAAGAGCUCCAGUGGUAAGCUGAUCUACAAGCUGAAGGACUCGUCUGCAGCGGACCCUGUCAAGGGAGGGGACCAGCAGGAGAAAGUUGUAUAUCAGAUCAUCAAGGAUGCAGGAAACAAAGGGAUUUGGAUCCGAGACAUUCGCUUCAAAAGCAAUCUGCUGCUAACCCAGGUCAACAAAAUCCUCAAGAAUCUUGAGAGCAAGAAACUUAUCAAGGCUGUCAAGUCUGUUGCGGCCUCUAAGAAGAAAGUGUACAUGUUGUACAACUUGGAGCCAGACCGCACAGUGACUGGCGGGGCGUGGUACAGUGACCAGGACUUUGAGUCUGAGUUUGUGGAGGUCCUAAAUCAGCAGUGCUACAAGUUCUUGGUGCAGAAGGCAGAGCUGAGCAAACGCACCAAGGAGGACCCCAUAGCUCAGAGGAACGGAUCUUUUGCAUCAUCUCAGGAUGUCUGGAAAUUCAUCUCUGAGCUCGGCAUUAGUAAGGUUCAAUUGUCAGUUGAGGACAUAGAGACGAUACUUGAUACGCUGAUCUAUGAUGGCAAAUGUGAGCAGACGAUUGUGGCUGCAGCUGGGGACGGAGGGCAGACCAAGUUGUACCGCGCUGUCAACUCCCUCAUCAACUCUACAGGACUCAUGAGAAUGCCGUGUGGAUCGUGUCCCGUAAUCCAAAACUGCCAUGUGGGAGGUGCAGUGUCACCUACGACCUGUGUGUACUUCAAGGACUGGCUACAGUUACAGUGAUGUGUGUACUUCAAGGACUGGCUACAGUAACAGUGAUGUGUGUACUUCAAGGACUGGCUACAGUUACAGUGAUGUGUGUACUUCAAGAACUGGCUACAGUUACAGUGAUGUGUGUACUUCAAGAACUGGCUACAGUUACAGUGAUGUGUGUACUUCAAGGACUGGCUACAGUUACAGUGAUGUGUGUACUUCAAGGACUGGCUACAGUUACAGUGAUGUGUGAACUUCGAGGACUGGCUACAGUUACAGUGAUCAACCACAUGUCUUAGUACACAUGUACUGAUUCAGGAGACAUUAACAUUCUUCCUUCACAUUGCGUGAAGACAAAAGAUUGGCCCUGGUUUUGCCACUGUCGGAUAGUUACCCAGGUGUUGUACAUGAAUUUGUGUCCAAUUAUUACAGACAUUACUCAACCCACAUGCUUCUGUGUGGGAAAGUAAACGGCUAAACACGUUCAUGGAUCUAAUAUUAGAUGUCGCAGAGGCGUAACAGAUUUGGUGUCCACCUAAUGACCAGGAGGUUACGGGUUCGAUCUCCACUGUGAGAAAGUUCUUCAGAUCUCCUUCAAAGACACCAAGUACUGGUUCUACCUUGGAAAUGGACUCGAGAGUUUAAAAAAAGCCUUUGCCUUUGAUGAAAUUAUGCUGAAAUAAAUAGGUUUAAAUUAAAAACAAAUAUUUGCAAUUGGAGAUUUACAUUAUGGAGCCAUCUGCAGACUGGACAAGACACCAUUUCAAUUAUGUAUACUAAUACUAUUAAAAUUAGACUGAGACAUGUUUUUUUAGCUCGGCUGUUUUCGUAGAAAACCCAAGGUAUUGUUAUAGCCAGCUCGUCGUCUGCCGUCCACUGUCGUCGUGCUUUAACCUUAACAUUGGCUCUAAAAUCAAAGUGUUUCCACCUAAAACUUUGAAACUUUAUAUGUAGAUGCACCUUGAUGAGUUCUACACGCCACACCCAUUUUGGAGUCACUAGGUCAAAAGUCAAGAUCACUGACCUCAAAAAAAAAAAAAUCUGACCAGCUUUCAUUUAUUCAAAACUGCACCCGCAGCCAAGCGUGGCACUCGUUGCUCUGGUUUACAAACAUGACAACAUAUGUUUCUUCUAGAUGAAUGGAUAUUAUCUUGUUGACUUGUUUCAAUUAACAUAACAUGCUCAUAAUGAUUGAGAUAAAGUUGAAGUGACUGUUGAAAUCACAACUUCUGUGACUAAAAUGUGCCAGUUUAUGUUACAUAUGAGGCUUAAGUAAAUAUGCCUUAAUUUAUAUUAUUUGUUUUUAUGCCCCGGGUAGGGUGGCAUAUAGCAGUUGAACUGUCCGCCACAUCUGUCCAAUGUAUGAAAACUUUAACAUUGCCCAUAACUUUUGCAAUAUUGAAGAUAGCAACUUGAUAUUUGGCAUGUGGUGUGUAUCUCAUGGAGCUGCACAUUUUGAGUGGUGCAAGGUCAAGGUCAUCCGUCAAGGUCAAAUAUAUGACUUCAAAGCGGCACAGUAGGGGGCAUUGUGUUUCUGACAAACACAUCUCUUGUUAUAUUAUUGUUAUUGAAUAAAAUUUAUUCAAGUU